GUCGCUGAGUUCAGCUCAACGUCGCUGGUUUAGGCAUAAAGCAAAGCUCGUUAACCAAGCCCUGUAUUAAAAAAAAAAAAGAAAAUAAACAACAACAACAAGAACAAGCAUAGACAAUAGACAAUACACAGUUGCAAACGUUUGCCAUGUUGUUGCUUCUGUAAAAUCGCCGCAGUUACAAAUAGAAAAGACAAAACGUGCCUAAAUAUCAUAUCCUGGCUGCAAGCGUGUGUUAAGGAAUCGAAAGAUAACUUGCCUAAAAUACGAUUAUGUCACCCAAGGACGGCGGCGGCAUUGACCACACCAAGCACAACAACAAAUAUACGCUCAGUCACACUACAACGUCGCCAGGCACGCAGCUGGGCCAGGAGAAGGCUACCGAUGGCAGCGGUGAAAAGACAGCCACGCCAACGGCGAAGCGCACCUGGCGCGAGAAGCUGCGCCUGGUGGCCAACAACAUUACGGUGGAGCCCAUACUAGCGGCGUAUAUUAUGCCCAGUGUGCUCUCGAAUCUGGCCACGCAGAACCUCAACUUGGAGAAGGCGUGUCGUGUGAACAUGGCCUACGGAGACGAGAUCUGCGAUGCGCUCACCCGCCGCCAAACGGCCAACUACACGCUCGAGGAGGAGACAGUGCAACAGAUGGUCGCUCGAAUGGCCGCAUGGAAGACGGUGAUUCAGUCGCUGUUUCCCUGCCUGCUGAUCCUGUUCUGGGGCUCAUGGAGCGAUCGCCAUCGCCGUCGCAAGCCGUGCAUUCUUAUACCAGUGGUUGGUGAGUUCCUCGGCGUUGUCGGCCUUAUGCUCUGUGUCUACUUUGAGAACGCGCCAAUGGAGGCGGCCGCCCUAACGGAGGCCAUUUUUCCAUCGCUCAGCGGUGGCUGGUUCACCAUGCUGAUGGGCGUCUUUAGCUACAUUGCGGAUAUAACCACCGAGGAGGAGCGCACCCUGCGCAUUGGCAUACUCAACGUCUGCUUCUCGGUGGGCGUGCCCAUUGGCAUGGCCUUUAGCGGUGUCCUGCUCAAGCAAAUCGGGUUCUAUGGCGUAUUCUCCAUUUCGGCGGCCUUCUACGUGCUGGCCUUUGUGUAUGGCUUCUUCUUUCUGGAAGAGCCCGUGGCACGACCGGAAAAGACCGCACCGCAAAAGAGUCUGCUGGCGGAUUUCUUCGACAAGGAGCAUGUGGUGCAGACCUUCCGUGUGGCCUUCAAAAAGGGCGAGAAUCAGCGCCGCCAGCGUGUCAUCCUCUUGAUGAUUGUCGUCAUGGUGAUCAUUGGGCCACUUCAUGGCGAGAUGGCAGUCACGUAUCUGUUCACGCGCUUCCGGUUCAACUGGUCCGAGGUCGAGUUCAGCUUCUUUUCCACCUAUGCAAUGUUCACGGGCCUCAUUGGCGUCAUCUUUUGUGUGGGCAUACUUUCGCACAAACUAAAUAUUGAUGAUGCGCUGGUGGGCGUGCUCUCCAGCACCUCAAAAAUACUGUCGUCCUUUGUGUACGCCUUUGCCACGCUGCCGUGGCACAUGUAUCUGGGCGGACUGGUUGAGAUCUUCAAUGGCACCGCGUUCAUAGCCAUGCGCUCGAUAGCCACCAAGCUGGUGUCCAAGGAUGAGCUGGGCAAGGUCAAUUCGCUCUUUGGCGUCGCCGAGGCACUAAUGCCCAUGGUCUUUGCGCCCAUGUAUACGACUCUGUACGCGGCCACGCUCCGGGUGCUGCCCGGAGCCUUCUUUCUUCUCGGCGGCGGCCUAACCGUCUUCUCCGUGGGCAUCUUUCUCUGGAUGUACCGCUUCCAGGUGCGGCAGCGUCGCAACGAGUCGCGCUCGGACACGGAGCACGGCUCCAUACGAGAGCCCAAUGGCAACAUCAAUGCUGUCGAGGCGCUGGCCCUGGCCAGCGAGGCCAAGGGCCAGCUGAAUGGCAUCAUUGCAAAUGUGAUACACGAGUCCCUGGAACAUGCUGAGGCACAUCCAAGCCCAACGGCAACGGCGACAGCGUCGCGGCAAAAUGGCAUUGAGAAUCGCGGUUAUGUGCAGGACGCACUGGAUGCCAAGGUCAAGGAUACCUAGAAGCACGUACCCGUCUGCUAUAUGUAUAUAUAUAUACACACACAUAUAUAUAUAUAUAUGCAUCUUAUAUAUAUAUUGUAUAAUUAUUCUGUGCCUACUUAUUAUGCCGACCUGCGAAUCGAACCGAGAUCGCGUUUUGAAGUGCCUCCAAAUCGGUGAAGCAGGUCGCGUAUUAUCUGUACCUACGUAUCGUACGAUCUGUAAAUUGUUUAGCCCUAAGUUAAGAAAAAUUUGUAAUAUUUUUUUUUCGGAUCGAAUUUGCUAUGCUACGUUUUUUUUUUCUGUGCGUCUUUGUACUAUUAUAUUUUUUUUGUGCUUAGAUUUAAGACUGUAAAAGUAUUGAAUAAAUUUAAUAACGUCCAAUCGGAGCUUGACCUUUGCAUAGCGGAUGUGGCCGCAGGAUAUGUCGGAAAACGACACCGCCUAUUUGGACAAUGGAACACUGUAAUCAGUUUUUGUGGCAACUGCGCCGCGACAAUUACACACACAAAUAACACAACCCAAACCAGGUCGAGAGACUGCUGUCCAAAAUGUCCUGGCUGCCUGGCUGCCUGGCUGCCUGGCUGCCUCCCUGGCUGACUGGCUGGACGACCGGCCUAUCGCGCACUUCCUGUCCGCCGGAAAGCGAACAACGGCCGCACAAUUGGUUUGCUCAUGUCGCUGAUAAUUGUCGUUUGCGUUGCAUAAAACGGAUGCGUGAUGUUUUCCCUACUUCGGGCACAUCAGCUAUGCCCAGAGCUAAGCGCUCUUCUGGUACUUAGCUCAGGUGAACUUGAACCUUUUUAUCGAAAGCAACGUGUUCUCGCUUAAAACUAAACUAAUUUCAAUUAAGUAUUUGAUAUUUCAAAAUUAAACCAUA